AACAAACUCAUGUUUUAAGUGUGUUUGAUCACAACUAUCUCUUAUGUGAGUGAGCUGGUUUGUAAGGAGACACCGCCAUUGUUGAGAGUGAAAGUUCUGUACUCAGCUUUGUACUCUACCAUUGUUCCUAAUCAAUAAAGCUUUGCCAAAAUGAAGUUCUCUACUCAGCUUGUUAUUUUUGUGAUUCUUCAUAGUGUUAAUUCAACACAGACCCGAUAACAGUCCAAACUCGGUGGCCGUUACUCGAGUAGUGAUGAUGGAGAUCAUCGGCGACCCGACCCAAUGUACGGCCAGGAUGUCUUCGCAGACCGACUCCUUUGCUUUGACCACACUAUCAGUAUCCAUCCUUUUUCCACUGUACUCAGGUCAGUUCCUCCUUUUCUUUUUUCCUAAGUUGAGGCGAGGUGAGAAAGAGAGAGGGUUAGGGAUGUGAGCUUUUGAAGAGAAGGGGGGAAGAAACGACAAUGGCGUUAUAAUAUUGAAAGUUUUUUUUUUUUUUUUUUUUUUUUUUUUUUUUGCAUUUGCCUAAUAACCAUUAGAUCAUUCGAAGAAAUGAUCCAACGAUUGAUGGCCCACGAGGGAUUGAGUCCCUCAAAAUUAAGCGAGGGACAGUAUAGCUCUGCCCUUAGCUCACCGAAAUGGCCAUGGGGAGGAGAGCCCAUGUGAGGGAGUUGGUGAAAGCAGCUGGAGUUCUCAUGACCCAACCUCUACUCUUUCCUUUGCCUAAACUUGCCGCCAAUUCUCUUUCUAUCAGCAACCCUUUACUCCCCACUCCCCAGCGACCACUCCCAUCUCCUUCCUUAGCUUCACGCUCAACUGUAACCAUGAGCACCAGCAUAAACGACAAUGUUCAAGACCAGUUGGACGCCAUAUUUAAGCAGAAAAAGGUCGUCAGAUCCCAAGUUCGCAAGACCCUUAAAGCUAUGGAUCCCAGCCUCAGAUCCCAUGAAGAUAUUGCUGUUCAGGAUUUAGUUCUGGGAGCUCCCUGGUUUAAAUCUUGUCAAAGACUAUGUGCAUAUAUAAGCGGUAAGGCUUUGCGUGAAGUUGAUACCUCCAAACUGUUGUCUGAGAUUCUGGAAAAUCCAGCCAAAGAUGGUCAUAUGGAGCUGAGGAAGAAGCUUUAUGUUCCUAGAGUUGAAGACAAGAAUAGUCACAUGCGAAUGCUUAACAUCUCACGCAUUGAUGAUCUUAUUGCAAACUCCAUGGAUAUUUUGGAACCAGCUUCUGUAGAUAGUGAUGGAAAUGAACGUGAAGAUGUCAUGCAGGCAAAUGAUCCAGUUGAUUUGUUCAUCUUACCUGGACUGGCAUUUGACAGAACUGGAAGACGCUUAGGACGUGGUGGCGGUUACUAUGAUACUUUCAUCAGGAACUACCAAGAGCUUGCAAAGACAAAGAAUUGGAAGCAACCCUUCCUUGUUGCAUUGUCCUAUUCCUCACAGAUUAUGAAUGAAGGAGUUAUACCAAUGACCGAGAAUGAUGUUCCAGUUGAUGCUCUUGUAUCCCCAUCUGGUGUUAUUCCCAUAAGUUCAGCUGCUUUAGACAGAAUCGACGUUUGAUUUGGACUUCAUAAUUAGUUCCCUUAAUUUGAUCUUCACUAAAUCGGUACUCUUCUCUGUCCAUUGUACGGGUAGAAGGAUAUGAUUUGAACACAAUAAGCUUGAGAUGCAAGCAGUCGUUCUACUGGAUAAAAUAUAUACAGAUUAAGUAACACAAGCUUAUAAUGCAAUAUGGUUAUGGAUGGUUGUACUCUUGAAUCAUAUUUUACUCAACUUUAGAAUAUUUUGUGUUGAGGCUUUCCAAGUUUACAUUAUUGAAAUACAACUCAAACUCUAUUAUAGUAAAUGCAGCUCUACUUUGAUAUAA